AUGGAAGCAUCCACUGCGGGCAGCGUGUUAGCACCUUUACCAGGGCGAUGUGCUUUUUAUGUAGCAAAAAAGAAACGAUAUUGCAAGAUGACUGUUGGGAGAGGAAAAACCUUCUGCGGGGAACAUGCAAACGCUGGUGAAGACACCGAGAAAAAACGAAUACCCUGUCCUUUGGACCCCAAACAUACUGUAUAUGAAGCAUUUGACAAACAUCUGAAGAAAUGCAACUCCAAGGAAAAGCCACAACCUAGAUAUUAUGUGAAGGACAUCAAUGCUGGGAGCGGAAGUGAAGGCGAAGCAAUAGAGGAGAUUUCAAUCGCUGAUCGAACCAAAGAGGAACUGGAUGAAUUGAUUGUGAAACUCAAGACUGCAUUACAAGGACUGAACACCCAGAUUGUUGAAAACACACUUUCACACACUGCUCUGAAUGAAGCUUUAAAUGAUCCCAAAAAUGGAGAUUCUGCCUUCAAACACCUUAAGCAACAGGCUUCGAUUUUAGGAAACAUGGAGGCUUUGAAACUGCUCAGCCCAGACAGAUGCUACAUAGAGUUUGGUGCUGGCAAAGGAAAACUGUCCCACUGGAUUCACGUCGCUCUUAAAGCAUCUGAAAAUGUCCACUUUUUGCUCGUGGAGCGGUCCAGUACUCGUUUCAAGGUAGACGGCAAACACAAAAAUGCUGACUCUACAUUUGACAGGCUGCAGGUGGAUAUACAGCACCUUGAUCUGAAUCAAGUUCCCCUCCUGAGAGAAAAAAGACUUUCUGUGGUUGGUGUUGGAAAGCAUCUCUGUGGUGCAGCAACAGAUCUUGCCCUGCGGUGUUUAUUUGAGGGCAUACGGAAAGUCGAAGAUGAACCUCCAACCAAGCGUGUAAAGCUCCAGCAAGAGGACGGAGCUGGUGAUGAUACAAAGCCACGUGAAGGUCUUGUCAUGUCGGGCAUGGCCAUCGCUUUGUGCUGCCAUCACCGCUGCGACUGGAGACACUAUGUUGGAAAAGAGUUCUUCAGACAGCGAGGUCUCGGCCCGAAAGAAUUCGCUGCCUUUCAGCGCAUGUCGAGCUGGGCUACGUGCGGUAUGAGGAAAUUCAGCUCCGAGAUGCCCGAGCAACUGAAUGAUCAUAAAACAGAAGAGGAAGAAGAGCAUGAGAUAGAUGAAGAAUCCAUAACAGAUACCCUCAACAGUGUGAUGUCGGUCGAAUACCGGGAACAGAUCGGUCGUCUUUGUAAACUUUUGAUCGACCAAGGAAGAGUGCAUUACCUCCAGCAAAGAGGAUUUGAAUCCAGCUUGAAAUACUAUACAAGCAGAGACGUGUCGUUGGAGAACGUGUUACUAACCGCCAUACCCUCAUCCAAUCAGAAAACAAAAGAAUCUAUAUUGAACACGAACGGCACAUGAACCAAACACAAU